CAACACAGAACUCAGCUGUCAGCUGCCAUGAACCUACAGUGCCUCUCCUCUCUGCUGCUCUGUGUCGUUUGCAGUGCAGUUUCCACCAAUACGACAGCUGCUGCUCACACACCUGCACUGGAUCAUGUGACCGUGAUGUCUUCAUCUGGGGAGGGGCUUCAGAGGGCUGUGGGUGAAGAUUUGGAAUCUGAUGAUGAUCAGGAUCCAUCAGGAAUGUUCAGUGUUCCAACUUCGUUUAAAGUAACCCAAGUCAGUAAAGGAGACGAGCAGAAUCACAAGCGCGCUGGGCGCAAAAAGAACAAAGGAAGAAGAAAGAAUAAAAAUAUCACUCCUGUUCAGCCGAAUCAUACGCUCAGUCACAGGAGACACAGCACCACCGCUGACCCCUGCCUGACCUCUCACGUGGACUACUGCAUCCACGGCCACUGCACGUACCUGCGCAGCCUGAGAGAGCCUGUCUGUGUGUGA